CCAACUUGGUACAAUCUGAACCAAGCUAGGAGCUGUCGGCGCUAAUUUUUUACUCUGGAUUCACGAAGUCUGUGUGUUUUGUGAGUGAAGUGGUUCACUUAAAGUGAAACGUUCAAGACUUUUACUUUUUCAAGCUUCGAAUUUUUUUACAAUUCUUCACAACUUGUGGCAGAUGUGCCACCGGAAACGCCUAACUAGUCGUAGUUUGGUUUGAAUCCUCGGUACCAGUCUCGGACAGUUCAAAGUGCGUGAUGCCAGUAAACGGAGGGGGGCUGCUCUCUCUGAGCAGAUACGCUACUCAGUAUUUAACAAUCCUUGAGGAAAAGUCGGGAGUUUCCAUGAAUCCCUGCUGAAGCCUGUUGCACCUGCUGUUACUGCUACUGCUACCAGCUACACGAACGAACCCAGUCAUGGAGGAGACCGUGUGGGAGCAGUACACCGUGACCCUGCAUAGGGAUUCGAAGAUGGGCUUUGGCAUUGCUGUAUCAGGAGGGCGGGACAACCCAAAUGAAGACACUGGCGAGACGUCCAUCGUGGUAUCUGAUGUCCUGCAGGGAGGGCCGGCUGAUGGAUUGUUGUUUGAAAAUGACAGAGUAGUGCAGGUGAACGCCAUCCCCAUGGAUGGAGCCAUCCACUCGUUUGCUGUCCAGACCCUCAGGAAGUGUGGCAAAGUAGCAAAAGUUACAGUCAAGAGGCCCAGAAAGGUUCCAGUCAAUGUGCUCAAUCGUCAGCCAUCACCUGAUGACAGAGUCUUCAACAACGACUACAAUGAUGACUACAACUAUGAUCAGGACCGCCGUAGCGUGUACAGCGCUAGGAGUGGCGGAGGCCGAGACCACAGCCUGGAGAGGGAGCGAGGUGGCUACAUGGACUCCGGCUACCACACACGUGAUCGUGACUAUGACCGGCGGGAACGUGGCAGGAGCACAGAGAGAGACCUCAGCCCGGACCGCCAGUACCGGCGAGAUGGCAGCAGAGGGCGCACUUUGGAUAGAGAGUACAGCCCAGAUCGCCGCUACAAGAGCGAGCAUGCGCUUGACCGUGACUACAGCCCAGACAGAAGGUACCGCAGCGACCGUGGAUUAGACCGAGAUUACAGUCCUGAUCGGCGUUACCGCAGUGAUCGAGCCCUCGACCGGGACCACAGCCCCGACCGACGCUACCGCAGCGACCGAACCCUGGACCGCAACGAAAGCCCUGAUCUGCGCUACAGGCGCGACAGUCCAGGACGAGGCCGCGGGCGUGAUCAAAGCUACGAUCGAGGACUUGACCGCAUCGCAAGUGAGCCGCGGAAAUAUGACGAGCCGAUAAAGCGAAGUGCAAGCAGGGACCGCCUUGAACGCACACCGUCACCUGCUGCCGUGCCCCUCCCUCUCCCUCUGCCUCGCCCUGCCCGGGACCUGGAGCCGCUGGAGAAACCUGUGAAUGUGCUACUGCUGAAAAACCAUCCCAACGAAGAAUAUGGCCUUCGUCUGGGCAGCCAGCUCUUCAUCAAAGAGAUGACCAGCACAGGACUUGCCAGCAAGGAUGGAAACUUGCAGGAAGGGGACAUUAUUCUGAAGAUUAAUGGGACUGUGACAGAAAACCUGUCUCUCAGCGACGCCGGGAAGCUGAUUGAGAAGUCCCGCGGGAAGCUGCAGCUGGUGGUGCAGCGAGACAGGAAGAAGAUCCUGGUCCGAAUCCCACCGAUGGUCGACAGCGACUCGGAGCUCGACGAUAUCUCUGAGAUCGAGUCGUACCGCUCCUAUUCUCCACAGGAUGACAGACGGGCCCACCACUCUGACCUCUCCUCCCAUUCCUCCAAUGAGAGACUUCGAGACAAGCCCAGAGAGGACCCGCCUAGCAGGCUGGCAAAAAUGGGUGCCAUGCCAACCCCAUUCAGAGGUGCUGACAGAGACAUUGAAGAUAAGGCUCCUUUGCAGGCAGAGAGGGAGGAGCCACGCUCCGAGACACCACCAGUACCAGCUGCCAGUGUCGCCACAAAGGUUCACGCUCCCCCCAAAGUGCCACUAAAGCCAAGUGCAGAAGACCUGGAAAUAUACGGGCCGAACACGGUGAUGGUGCGUUUCCAGAAAGGCGACAGUGUGGGUCUGCGGCUGGCGGGAGGAAAUGAUGUCGGCAUCUUUAUCGCCGGUGUUCAGGAGGACAGUGCAGCAGAGCAGGAGGGUCUCCGCACGGGAGAUCAGAUCAUGAGGGUGAACAACAGAGACUUCAGAGGCAUGGUGCGUGAAGAUGCUGUUCUCUACCUCCUGGAGAUUCCUAAAGGAGAGGAAGUUACCAUUCUUGCGCAGAGCAAGCCUGAAGUGUAUAAAGAUGUUUUAGCGUCUGGCAGAGGCGACUCCUUCUUCAUUAGAACCCACUUUGAAUAUGAGAAGGAGGCCCCGCAGAGCCUUCCUUUCUCCAGGGGGGAGGUCUUCAAAGUGACGGACACACUCUAUGAUGGCAAACUCGGCAACUGGCUGGCAAUCCGUAGUGACAAAAACAACCAGCUUUUAGAAAAGGGAAUCAUCCCCAACAAGAGCAGAGCAGAGCAAAUGGCUAACGUCCAGAAUGCUGCGCGGGCUGCAUCGGGCAAUGACAGAGGAGACUUCUGGAGGAUGAGGGGCCAAAGAGCCGCAAAGAAGAAAGAUUUGCGCAAGAGUCGAGACGACCAGGGCAACGUUCCGGCUACACGCUUCCCCGCCUACGAGAGAGUGGUAUUACGUGAAGCUGGUUUCAGGAGACCGGUGGUGAUAUUUGGGCCUAUUUCUGACGUGGUUAACGAAAAACUGGCUACUGAACUUCCUGAUCAGUUUGUCAUUGCCAAAACUGAGCCCAAGGAUGCAGGAAGUGAGAAGUCCUCGGGGGUGGUGAGAUUGAACUCUAUCCGGCAAAUCAUUGAACAGGACCGUCACGCUCUGCUGGAUGUGACUCCCAAAGCUGUGGACACCCUGAAUUACACUCAGUGGUACCCCAUCGUCCUUUUCCUGAACCCUGACAGCAAACAAGGUGUGAAGACCAUGAGAAACCGCCUCAUACCCGGAUCCAACCGCAGCGCGCGCAAACUGUACGAGCAGGCCCUUAGGCUGAAAAAGAGCUGUUCACACCUUUUCACGGACACCAUCGACUUGAACUCGGCCAAUGACGCGUGGUAUGGCAGUGUGAAAGAUUCAAUUCGGGAGCAGCAAGACAAAGCUGUGUGGGUGUGCGAGGGCAAGGUGGAUGGUUCAGAGGAGGACCUGGAUCUCCAAGACGACCGCAUGUCCUACCUGUCGGCAAUGAGUGACUACCUCAGCAUGGACAGCCGGAUGACCAGCGACUACGACGACACAGCGGACGAGGGCGGGGCGUACACUGACAAUGAGCUGGACGAGACACUGGAUGAACCCCACCCCGUGUCGGCCAUCAGUCGAUCAUCAGAACCCGUACUGGCCGACGAGAGGCCUCACCCUGAACCCCGUGUACGUAUGAGAAGAGAGGUGAGCAGAGAGCCAAGCCCUCCCCCCUCUUUCGUCCCUGAACCCCCAAAGGUUCGUGCUCAGACUCGAACUGACUCCACACGGAGCUACGAGUCACACUCCAGCAGCACCAUCAGCAGUGACGCAGUGGGCGGAAACAAGCCGCCUCCCCCUCCCGUGAAGCCUGUGAAGCCCACUAUCGCCCGCCAACCAGUGAACCAGUCGUCAGAAGAUCAGAGUCCGGGGAAAGACGAGGAAGAGGACCCCGCCAACAAAUCCUUCCUGGGCAAGAUUAAAGCGUUUGAGAAGAUGGACCAUCUGGCAAGAGCUCAGAGGAUCCUGGAGCUACAGGAGGCAGAAAACGCUCGAUUGGAAAUCGCCCAGAAGCAUCCGGAUCUCUAUGCUGUCCCAGUGAAGCUGCCAAAACCCAACCUCAGCCGUCCUCAGCCAAUAGGUUCAAGCUCCAUCCCCGAGCCUCAGACUCCCUCCAGGCCGCUGUACUCUGAGUCGAGAGGACACGAGGACGAAGAGGCCGACUACCGCCGCCAGCUGGCCGACCAGACCAAGAGAGGAUAUUACAACCCCCAGAAAUACAAAGACACUGAGCUGUAAGGCUGGGAAAGCAGGAAGUGACAUCAUCACCGAUCAAAACUCUCUGAACUUUGUCGUGUUGUCAGUUUCAGACACUUUUCGCGUCCCUUGUUGUGCAGAAAGCGUGGUGCAUGGAUCCAGGCCCCCCCCCACACACACAGAGAUAUCUCUGGUCUACCUUUGCCACUCGCCAUUACAGAAACUGUGCACAGCUGAUGUUUCAAUGUAUAUAUUCUGUUGGUGUCUGUGAUUUAUAUUUUAUUUUCCCGCCUUUAUUCUCCGGGGCUCAGUUUGUGCCUAUCGUGUGUCACCAUCACACAGUAAAACGCCCAAUGUUUGGAAGGACAAGAGGCAUAAAAGAGAUGUAAACACAUCACUUGAAGCCAUUUCAAACAGCUGGAGAUGUCACAUUAAUAUACUCCCAUUUUGGACAGAAGAAAAAUUCAUAAAGGUAAAAUACAGCAAUGCAAAUUAAGUAUAAUGACACAGUCCAGUGUCUUAACUUUAAGGUCCAUGCUCUGCUCCUUAGGUCCUCUGCAGGUGGGACACAAAAGCAUGAAAACAUGAAAUGAAACUUGAUGAAGAACAGUCGAGGCCAAAAGUUUGGCAGUUUUGUUUUAGUAUGGUCGAUCCUUAAAAAGUGAGUGGACAAGCAGGCAGGAGUCAGGUUUUGGACCAGGAGUCAAUGCCCAGCAACUUCAAACUUCAAUAAAUACUGGCGCGGCAAAGUGUGAGAAGCACAAAAUUUCUGCUACUACCUAAACUUUUGGCCAUGACUGUAAAGAGAUUGUUGUAUCACAAUAUGAAAGUCCCCGGUUUGAACUUCCUGGCUGGGACCUUCAGGCUGGUGUAGACUCUCUUGGAAAGCUCCGGUUCCAGGGGUGGUCUGUGUUGUCUGGCCGGCCACCAGUCCAGGGUAUACCUGGCUGUCUUCCAGUGAUGGAUGGGAUAGUCUCAAGAAAUCUUAAUAAAAAAGUUUUUCAGGUUUAUAUAAUUGAACAAAAUUUAUGUGAAACAACAGAAAUAUCUGUUGAUCCCACUGAGUUGCCGACUACCAUCAGUGCUGCAUGUGGAGCAGGUGCACACCUUUUGGACACAAUAAAAAUGUAACAAAUGUAAAAUUAAAACCAACUAAAACACUGUAAAAAUACAACUAAUGCCUGGUAGCGUGCAGUUUUUUACAUUGUCAUGGUGAAUACACGAGAGGCUGAAACUGAAGCAAGCAAACACCCAAAUCACUGUUACAGUUCUGUGGACUGCACUUCGGCUUUUUCACCAAUUUUGUGCAUUUUUGUGAGGCGUCACAUGCUUCGGGCACGCUCCUCUGGUGUUAAUUGUCCUCUAAUCGCACCUCCCCUGCUGACCUACACAUUCCAAAGUGGACGCCUGCGUCUGCAGCACGCGCUGUGUGAGCUGUGUGCAGUCUGGGAAGCAGCUUAUUCUCAAGUGCCUUGCAGCUCUGAUUUCAGCUCGGGAGAUAAAGACUUCUACCUAAAAAGCACUUGUUUGGUUUUAACUGCUGUUGUAAACUGAACCAAGCAGAGGUGGAAAAGUAUUUUCAGUACAGUUACUGCACACUGUCGAAAUACACGAGUAGAUUUAAACUGGAAACAUCUUUCCUUUGUUCUUUGCUUUUGCUUUAGAAGAGCAUUGCGGUCACUGAAGAGAUGCAAAGUCAGAAAUAGAAGAUACAGAUGGAUUCCAUGAAUGCAGCAUCUGUAUCUCAUCAUUGCAUGAUGUGGAAGUAAUAAUUACCAAAAAAUUGCCCCCUUUUUUUUUUUUUUUUUUUUAAAAUUUAGGACUUUGGCGAAUGCAGGGCUCUUGGAUAAGAUGGGGGAGCUAUGCAGCUGCCUGUUUAGCAUUUCUGUGUUAGACCAGCGUGUAAAUGUCACAGAUUUCAUUAAAAAGUGUAUCACGAGCGAGGCGUUCAGACCACUUUUGUGAUGGAGCUAUGUUUCUUUAUUAGCUGCUGGCAACCAGAGACAAUCACAUUUUUUAUUGCUGAUGCUUUUUUCUUUUUUUUAAAUAUUGAAUAUAUAUUCAUACACUUGAUUCAGUUCAGUCUUUGUGCACUACUGUUUGGGGAAUGUGGUGACAAUCAUGUUGGUUUAUCAGUCUCUUAAAUGUUAUUUUAUGGGUUUUUUUAUUAUUUUUUUUGUUUGCUUGUUUUGUUUUGUCUCCUGAGUGUUACACAACAGACUCUUGGGAAAAUCUAAUAAAUGUUUUUUUGUU